AUGAACGCCCUUAAUAGAGGAACUCUGCGCCUGCGAAAGGAGUUAUUACUGUUUCUCUGUGUACUCAUGCAAGCAGUUCCCGCUGGUAGUGCGUGCCCGAAAUCAUGCGCGUGCUAUGUUCCAACCGAAGUGCACUGCACCUUCAGAUACCUGGCAGCGAUACCAGGAGAGAUUCAGCCUACUGUGGAACGGAUGAACCUGGGAUACAACAGUUUAACGGUAUUAAAAGAGCUUGACUUUUCUGGAUUGAGGCAUCUGGAACUGUUAAUGUUGCAUAGCAACACCAUACACACAAUAGAAGACAAGGCCUUCGAUGAUCUCCAGUCCUUGCAGGUCCUGAAGAUGAGCUACAACCGAGUGAAAAUGAUAAACAAGGAUACUCUCCAGGGCUUGACGAGUCUGAUUCGGUUGCACAUGGACCACAACCGGAUUGAGUUCAUCAACCCUGAGGCCUUCUAUGGUCUGACUGCCCUGCAGCUGGUGCAGCUGGAAGGGAAUCUCCUUCAGCAGCUGCACCCUGACACCUUUAUCACAUUACGUUACAGCCAGAUCUUCAAGGUGUCCUCCGUUAAGAACAUAUACCUGUCUGACAACGCCCUGAGCAGUCUGCCUGCGAACAUCUUCUCCCACUGCACCCAGCUGGAAAAUCUGUACCUCCACGGCAACCCCUGGUCAUGCGACUGCCGCAUGGAGUGGUUUGUGGACUGGGUGGAGCAGAAUGCAGGGAUACUGAAAUGCAAGCGGGAUAGGAAGUAUGCUAGGGGUCAGCUCUGCCCUGUGUGUGAAUCUCCUGCAGCCUCCAGAGGCAAGACCCUUGCUCAGGUCGCACGUGCUGCCCUGUCCUGUGCUAAGCCUUGGAUUUACCCUCACCUAAAGAAAAAGAACAUCACUGUGGAUGAGGGGGACUACUCCCCUGUGUCCUCUCGGGAUUUCAUUGCACCCAUUGGAUCAUUGGUGAUGAACAUGACCGACCAUUUUCAUAAUGACGCUAGUGUGGUCUGCACUGUCCAAAGGCCUUCAGGGAUGGAUAAUCUUACUGUAGUACACAACGACGACACUAUGAGCCUGAGUGUGUCUGUGGCCACAUCUCUCAUCUGUAAUAUUGACUACGAGCACAUUCAGAAGCUUUGGCGCAUAUUGGCCACGUAUAGUGACUCACCCAUGCACUUGGAGAGGGGGCUGCUGCUUGCUAAAACACCAGAAAUGAUCUACAGGUACCAGCAAAGGAGACCAGGACAGAAUGAGGAUGAGGUCUUCACUGGGAUAGAGGCAGAGAUGAAAGCUAACCCGGCAUGGCUGAUGCAGGGGGAGGUCACUUUGCAGCUUGACCGUACUACUACCACCUUCUCUACUCUACAUGUGAGGUAUACAUCCACUGUUCAGCUGCGUAUGGAGAAUAAAGCACAGAGGAAGGACAGGUACAGCUGGGCAAUGAUCAAAAGGGACAACCUCACAAAAACCGAGCACUCUGUUCUGACCAGUGGGGUAGUUGACUUGAACUGUCAGACUUGGGGGGACCCAAAGCCUUCGAUCGACUGGAUAUUACCAGAUGGCAGCAAAGUUAGGGCACCAUACAACAGUGAAGACCGAAGAAUUGUUAUCGCAGCCUCAGGAAAACUCACACUGAGGGCAGCAGACACCUCAGACUCUGGGCUCUACCGCUGCAUUGGAACAAACUACCUGGAUGCGGAUGUGUUGACUUUCCGGAUCACAGUUCUGUCUCCGGAUGUGGAGGAAGAUGAUGUGAAUGGAGUGCAGCUCUCAAAAUCGUUGGGCGACAGCUUGUUCCUGGACUGUGAAUCAUCUGGCAACCCUAAAGCAUCAAUUCAGUGGGUCUUACCUGACCACACAGUGUUAGAGAGGUCUUAUGGGAACAGGAGAAUAUAUCAAAAUGGCACUUUGGGAGUACAAGAGCUUACAGAGAGGGAUCGAGGAUUUUAUAGAUGUCUGGCAGGUAAUUAUUUGGGAGUGGAUAUAGUAGCCUCUCUGAUUACCAUUUCAGGAACUAAGUUCAAUAGUAAUGUGCUUUUGGAAGGUGAGGGCUCAGGUAGUGAGCACGAGUCCAACUCAGAGGAAAGUGAAAGUUCAUACAAUGAGCUACCUUCUUCUGGCCCCUCCCAGAAAACAAGUCAGGAGUCCAGGACUAUCACCUCAGAUAGGCCAUACCCCAGGCACAGGUUCUCACACAGCAGGACCUCCAGUGACUUCACCCAGAGGAGGAGGGGCCCCUCCACUGGAAGGCGGAAUUGGGGGACUAGGAGGGUCUUCGGCAACACAUCCAAUCGGGUAGACCCUCAGAAAUGGGCAGAGAUCAUGAAAAGGGCACAAAAGGGUAAGACAGCGGAGGAUGAAGAAAAAACAGAUACUGGAAAGGAAAACACUUUUAAGAAACCAUCAGGGACCUCUGGGGAUGAGGACGGGGGUUCAGGAUAUAGCUUUAUCGAAGAACAUGCUAUUGAUAUAUAUGCUCUUGAGAGAAGCACAAACAGACCUCUGAAUCUGCCAGUAACUGAGAAACUCAAAGUGACUGAAUCAGCCAGUGAGAUGCUGAGGAUCUCGGACGAUGCCCUGGAGAUGGUCACAGAUAUAACACCCCUCCCAGGCCCAAGGACUAAGCCAGUGGUCCACACGUCCACUGACCCUGAUAGUCUGACCACAUUCACGGCAGUCACUACCACCGGACAUGAGCCAGAUGAGAUCACAUUCCACACCACUCAGAGGAUCACAUCACCCCGAAUUCCUGCUGGGUCCACGAUAAUCUCCCAUCAACAGAUCCACAUCAUCCCCCCAAACAAGCAGCGUGUGGGCCGUAGGCGUAACUUCCCUAACAGGAGGAGGGUUCUUAAGCCCAGCAGAAUCAAUGACAUCCAUGCCUACCUGAACAAACUAAAGAAACCUUCAAUAAAGCACAAAGGUACUACCACCAUCCCAAUUACUGUGGAACCCACCACAGGCUGUGACUGUGAUGACUCUGAUGUGGAGAAAAAUGAAAACAGCACCAGCUCUGAGACAAAACACAGUCUGGUCUACAACACUGGAUCAAAGCCUAAACCUAAUAUUCACAGCUCUUUCCUGCACAGAACAGAGAAGCCAUCCACAGUGGCUCUGGAAAAACCACUACUCAGUUUUACCACUUUACCACCUGUGACAAAAACAUAUUUCCGGAAAGUGAAAUCCACCACACAGCCACCCACUACUCGCUCACAUUUUAGAUCAGAGGAAUUCACUAGAUUUAUGACCUCUGCAGAUGCUCCAGUGCUUGAAACAACACAGGAUCCUAGGGAAUUGGAGAGGAAAACAGCACCUACUGACAAACAAAGCACCACUAUAAAGCCUACCACAAGAUCCUCUAAAGUUAUCCGAGGUAGGAUUCCCUGGGAAAAACUGUUUGGGACUAACCAGAGUCAAAAAGAUCUCCUCAGCAGGUUACGUAAGCCUGUGAAGCUAACAACAACAACAGAAGCCACAACAAGAGUUGAAACUACACCCACUGCUGCCCCAGCAAGGACUACAACCCUCCUGCCCACAACAAGAUAUUUGUUCCCACUAACAACAUCCCAAGGGGUUUCAUUGAGAAAGUCUUCCUCAACCGUACCUCUGCCAGGUGUUGGCCACAGACAAUCAGUCGGUCAUGUUCCUACAACAGCUCCUAGCUUCACAUUAAGGUUUUCCACCACUACAGAAAUCUCACCAUUUGCUGAAACCCUUGAAUCCCCUCCGACAGUAAGGACUGCUACCACAGAAAAGAGCUCUGAAGGUUCUGCUUCUGGUUCAGGGGAGUCUGACGCAGGACCUCAUUUGGAUCAGCUUGAGGUGACAGAUAGGACCACACAGACCACAAAAUCUGAUACCUUGACCAUUUCUACAGCAGAACCGGGCUACACCACUUCCACUAUUCCAAACAGCAGUAAUAUGGACAGUGCACAAUCCAAUAAAUAUGACCACCUUAAUGGGCAUCAGACUACCUCCAAUGUGAUAGGUCUUGAGCCAUCCUUGAGGGACCUACAAUCCAAACCUAGGAUUAUUGGAGGCAAUGCAGCAAGCUUCACUGUCCUGUCAAACUCAGAUGCCUUCCUGCCCUGCGAGGCUGUGGGUAAUCCUGAGCCAGCAAUCAGCUGGAAACGCUUCUCUUCAGGGAGCACCUUGACCAUAAGGGGCAGGAUGGGUAAAUUUGAGAUGUUCAAGAAUGGCACACUUUUGAUCCAGAAUGCCAACAUUAAGGACCGUGGGCAGUACCUGUGCCAAGCAGAGAAUAACUAUGGCUCAGACAAGCUCCUGGUCACAUUGUCUGUGGUUUCCUACCCAUCCCGCAUCCUGGAGCCUAAGCUAAGGGAGAUGAAGUCCCAUACUGGGGACACAGUGGAAAUUAAGUGCAGAACCGAUGGCCGGCCCCUACCUGUUGUCUCCUGGAUCCUGGCCAACCGUACUCAAGUGAGAGGCUACAACACGGACCGUGGGAGGGUGAGCGUGACUCCUGAUGGUACUCUGGUCAUCCAGCAGGUGACUGUGUUUGACAGGGGACACUAUAAAUGCAUAGCUAGUAACCCAGCAGGAGCAGACACUGCCACUGUUCGCCUGCAGGUCGUGGCUGCGCCCCCUGGGAUCCUGGAGGAAAAACGGCAACAGGUUAAGGUUGAGAGUGGGCAGAGCCUGAUGCUCCCGUGUACAGCUCAGGGCAGCCCGCAGCCUACUGUGCACUGGGUGCUCUUUGAUGGAACUGCAGUCAGACCCCUAAAUGGCCAUGGUCACAAGGCAUCUGUUUUUACCAACGGUACAUUGCUCCUGAGAGGCCUGGCAGUCUCGGACAGUGGAAAGUACGAAUGCAUCGUCACCAGCUCCACGGGGUCAGAAAGGAGGGUGGUCAGCUUGACUGUGGAGCAGACAGAGACCAUGCCCAAGAUUGUGGAGGUGACUCAGCGCAGCACAGAGCUGAACUAUGGGGGACGGCUCUGGCUGAACUGCUCUGCUGUGGGGGAGCCCAUGCCCAGGAUCCUCUGGAGGCUCCCUUCGAAGGCACUUGUUGACCAGUGGCACAGGAUGGGCAGUCGGAUUCAAGUCCUAGAAAAUGGUACCCUGAUCAUUGACUCUGUGAGUGACAAGGAUGCUGGAGACUAUCUCUGCAUUGCCCGCAGCAAGAUUGGGGAUGACCUACAGCUUAUGAAAGUCUCUGUGUCCAUGAAGCCAGCUAAGAUCAUGACCAAACCUUUGGGUAAGAAACAGGUGCCCUUUGGCAAUGACCUGAAGGUAGACUGCAAGGCCUCUGGCACACCCGAGCCAGAGAUCUCCUGGGGCCUACCGGAUGGCACCGUGUUGAACAGCGCGAUGCAGGCAGAUGACAGCAGGGGGCGCACACGACGCUACGUCCUCUUCGACAAUGGAACGCUCUAUUUCAACAAGAUAGGCAUGACAGAGGAGGGGGAUUACACCUGCUAUGCUGAAAACACACUGGGCAAAGAUGAGAUGCAUGUGCAUAUCAGCGUGCUGACAGCAGCCCCACGCAUUAGGCCCAGCCGUACCUAUGCCAAGUUGAAACCAGGCGGGAACAUGCGCUUUGAUUGCGAGGCCGUGGGUGAGCCCAAGCCAAAGAUCCUCUGGAUGUUGCCCUCGCAUGACAUGAUUGCCGCCUCCAACGACCGCUACCUGAUGCAUGUGAACGGAUCACUGGACAUCCGGGACAUCAAGUUAGUCGAUGCCGGGGAGUAUGUGUGCACGGCUCGCAAUGCUGCUGGGGACGACAGAAAGGUUUACAACCUGGCAAUUGAUGGAAACCUUCCUAUCAUCAAUGGCCACCGGCAAAAUAGAACUGUCGUCAAAGACUCAGCCUCCAAGCAUUCCAGGAAGCUGAUUGACUGCAAAGCAGAGGGCAGUCCACCACCCCGGAUCACCUGGAUCAUGCCCGACAACAUCUUCCUCUCCGCCCCCUAUUACGGGAGCAGGAUCAACGUCCACCCCAAUGGGACUCUGGAGAUCCGGAAUGUGCGCCCUUCGGACACGGCUGAGUUCAUAUGCAUGGCACGGAACGACGGUGGGGAGGCAGUCAUGGUGGUCCAGCUGGAGGUCACGAGCAUGUUAAGGAGGCCGAUCUUCAAAAACCCCUUCAAUGAGAGAGUGGUGGCACGCUUGGGGAAGACCGUCGUGCUCAACUGCUCUGCCGAUGGGAAUCCAAAUCCAGAGAUCAGCUGGUUGUUGCCCAACGGAACACGCUUCACCAAUGACGCCCGUACAUCCCGCUACUAUCUGGGCAGCGAUGGCAACCUAGUCAUUUACAAUCCCACCAAGGAAGACACAGGCAAAUACCGCUGCUCCGCUAAGAACAAGAUGGGUUACAUAGAGAAGCUGGUGGUCUUGGAGGUGGGACAGAGGCCAUACAUAGUGACUCGUCCUCGAGGAAUCAUCCGCGGUGUGUCUGGGGACUCCUUGUUUCUCCACUGCCUCACUGAUGGCAGCCCCCGACCUAAUAUCCACUGGACCGUCCCAGGAGGCCAAGUCUUGUCUCGACCGCAGGUAAGUGGUCGCUACCACCUCUUGGAGAACGGGACUCUUGUAGUUCGGGAGACGACCCUCCAUGACCGUGGGAACUACUUGUGCAGAGCGAAGAACGAUAUGGGUGAGGCAGUGCUCUCUGUCCCCGUCGCCAUCAUCGCCUAUCCUCCCCGCAUCACCAACGGGCCUCCAACGAAUGUGCGGGCGGUGGUGGGAGUGUCUGUGCAGCUUAACUGCAUGGCCAUUGGGAUCCCCAAACCUGAGAUUUCAUGGGAGCUGCCGGACCGCUCUGUCCUGUCCACAGCCAAUAAGGGCCGGAACACAGGCACCGAGCUGCUCCACCCCCAGGGAACGCUGGUCAUUCAGAAACCCACCAGCUCUGAUUCAGGAACCUACAAGUGCAUGGCCAAGAAUCACAUGGGCACGGAUACCAGGGCCACAUACGUCCAUGUACUGUGACAGCCUAAAGUGGGCAAAGAAAGCAGAACUAAUGAUCGAUGGCACAUGGUUGGCACAUGUACAUGCACUCCCCACUUUCUAUUCUAGUCAAUGCAAGAAAGAAACCAGACUGUAUCCUGUGCUGAUCAUUGAGGGCUACUGCUUGUGGAAUAUCUGAGUUUACUUACAUCUCACAACAGUGGGCAGGCGAUGAAUAAUGAGCAAUGAGACAGAAAAGGAGAAGGAGGGAGAGACAGACUCUACAGUGUAGAGACUUGUGGCAGAUUCCCAGCGUUAUUUUUAUUGUAAUGAUAUAGGCUUCUCAACUGUUUCUCAUUUACAUAUUUCGAAUGGCCAGUAGCCCAGAUCUGGGAAGCAUAUCCCUUUAACAACUGUGAAUGGCUGACCCAGAAAAGGUGGAGAUUCAGUUAUGGCCCUCAAGAGAGUUUCUGGAAACUACAACCCAUAAGGUGCUAUUCCUCAAUUGACUGACCUAUUAAUGAAAUGGGUGAGAGAGAGAGGAAGUUUGGGGUAAGCAGAGAUUUUACAAGGCCAGUCUAAAGUUCAUACUUUUUACAAAAUUUUAAAGUGAUGAUCAGUCUUCUUGUAUGAAGCAAUAUCUACCUAUAUACCUUUGGUGUAUUCUGAAAGAUACCAAUUGUACACACUGGAUAUAUUCUGAUAUCAGAAUUAUUGCAUUCUUCACCCAGAUGAUUUUUGUAAGGCUUGGGCCAAAUAUGUCUUUUUUAUUUUUCAGUGAGCACUUUAUUAGGAGGACCUGUACAGGAGGGCCAGAAACGGCUGAUCUCCUGGAAUUUUCAUGCUCAACAGUCAGAGAAUGAUGCAGAAAACAAGUUCUGUGGGCAAAAAUGCCUUGUAAAUGAGAGGAGGAGGAGAAGGGCCACACAGGUCAAAGCUGAUAGGAAGGUGACAGUAACGCAAAUAACCACACAUUAAACAGUGGUAUGCAGAAGAGCAUCUCUGAACACACGACUUGUCAAACCUCUAAGUGGAUAGGCUACACCAGCAUCAGACCAAUAAGUUUUAAAAAUAAGUCAAAUAAAUACCUAAUAACGUGCUCACUGAA